ACAUUUCCCAGAAUCCACGUCGAGGCAAAGGGAGCGGAGAGAUUGCAAGGUCAGCCGCGCAGGAGGAAGCGCAUUUCGGGGCGCUGCCUUGAAGGACAGCCCCGCCGUGCCCGAUGCUGCCCUCCCGCCUGCUGUUCCUCCGCCGGCCGCCCCUGCCCCUCUCCGCCGCCCUCUCGACGGCCGGCGGCGGCGGUGGCUCGCCCAUGGAGAAGCCCGUGGAGGCCUGCAUCCGGGCCAAGCUGCAGCAGGCCCUGGAGCCCGUGCACCUGGAGAUCAUCGACGACAGCCACAUGCACGCCGUGCCCCGCGGCGCCGAGACCCACUUCCGCGUGGUGGUGGCCAGCCGGCGGUUCGAGGGCCUCUCGCUCAUCCACCGCCACCGGCUGGUGAACGACAUCCUUCAGGAGGAGCUGUCGGGCCCCGUCCACGCACUCUCCAUCCAGGCCAAGACGCCGCAGCAGUGGGAGAAGAACCCCAAGAUCAUCCAGAGCCCCGCAUGCCUCGGGGGAUCCAAGCAUGACCCGCACGGGGCAGGCAAAGUGGGGAACGCAGGAUUGGUGUGAGCCCGGCUGAAGCAGGGCGCUUGGGAGGCCUCCUCCGGAGGGGAGGCGCGGUGCUGGGAGCCAAAAUACAUGCCUUGCUCCAUUUCCCCUCGGUGCGGCCGCGUCCUGGCUGUGUGUCAGAGCCGCUCUCCGCGCACGGGGCCGCCUUCAGUGCAUCCUGAGAUUCGGGCUGCUCGAUUUUCCCAAGUCUUCUGUCCCUGCAGCAAGGUCAAGACUUGGGCAUUGGGAGGACGGUUCGCUCUGCCUUUUACUGAAGCACAUUAAAUGUCUCAGCCUUG